GCGCUUCCCCGCGGGGUUCUCGCGAGAACCGGGCGGCUGCAGCAAUGGCGGCGGCGGGAGCUGGUCCUGCUGCGGCCCCUGGCCCUGGCCCUGGAACGGCCGCCAGUGCGUCGGCGGCGGAGGACGGAGAGUCGGAGCCGGUGGCCGCCGCGGAGGGGCCGUCUGCCGCCCCGGGAGCGGAGCCCAGCUCCGGAGACGCCGCCAGCGGGGAUACAAACUUGGUUGAUGUAAGUGGUGGUCUGGAGACAGAAUCUUCUAAUGGGAAAGAUACACUAGAAGGCACUGGGGACACUUCAGAAGCGAUGGAUACCCAGGCGGGUUCUGUGGAUGAAGAGAACGGUCGACAAUUGGGAGAGGUUGAAUUGCAAUGUGGAAUCUGUACAAAAUGGUUCACUGCUGACACUUUCGGCAUAGACACCUCGUGAGUACAUUUCAUAGACUUGUAAGAAUUGCUUUAUAAGGGGGCUGGAGGGUUUGGAGAGAUGGCUCAGCAGUUAGAGCAC